AUAUAUUAUGUCUAAUAAGUAUGAGAUUUUUGGUUCUUUGCGCGCCCCUGCUGGAAACCGCAUAAUAUUAUAUUUGAAGGUGAAGAUGCAUCAGUUCCUCAAUAUCAUCAUGUCCAUCAGAGCGGGCUGUGCGCAGAUUUGUGCUAGUCGUUAUGUUUAGCAGUUCAUUUCUUUCCAGGAUGCAGAACUGUGCGGCUCUCGUGUUUGUGCUAUUUUCCUUCUUGUUAGCAACAGUGUCUGCUCAAACAGAUUCUCCGUUUCGAUGCGAUGAGUUGAGUGCAAAGUUGGACUCCUGCUUGAAUAACAAUGAGCUGAUCUUGAAAGUUUUCAACGAGACGGCCAAGCAACUUGAAAAGCAGUGCGACGAAAACAAGGAGGCUGCAAAAAAAGAAGUGGAAAAGAAGGAAAUGGAAAAGAAAGAAAUGCAGAUGGAGUUAAAUAAGUUGCGCGUUGAGAAUGAAAUCACGAAGGCGCAAAAUAUGCAGUGUGAAAAGGCAAAACAAAAUGAGCAAGCGCUGCGAGAGCAGUGUGAAAAAGAAAAACUGGAUUGUCAGCUUAUGAAAGCGCAGCCAGUUCUGAUACCGUCUUCACCAGAGGACUUCUCUGAUGUUGUCCAGGAGCUUAAAAAGUGUGAAAAGAAAGUUGCAGAUUUAUUGACAGAACGGGUGAAAUUGAACACUACCCUUUCCCCGUUAAAUGCGUUGCAGCUGAUGAAUUUGACAACAGGCACCUACUAUUACGACAAGAAAAACCGUUAUUCAUGGAGAGAGGCUCAGGAACUUUGCAAAUCUUUGGGUUUGCAACUCGCCUCGUUCGAAACGCCCAAAAAACUUUCCACUUUUUGGAAUUCCGCUUCGUCGUAUGUUUGGGGCCCAUGGACCUCAGGAAGCUACUUUGGGCACCAGCCGGGAGAGUUUCACUGGGGAAACGGUCAGAGAAUCAGUACAGAUAUGUGGAGGCUUGGACAGCCCGACGAGUUUGGUGUCGGCAAAGAAAGCUGUGUCUAUGUGUAUGAUGGAGCUCUAUACGACGAGCCAUGUACCGAUAAGAACAAUGUGAUUUGCGAGCAACCCAUGUAUCAAUUUGGUUGAAUAUCAAUUCGUUAAAGAAAAAGCAGGUCGAUGGUCGAUGUUAAAUAUAGGUAGCGGUGACUAUUAAUUGCUAUUUUUAAUUCAACUUGAAAUUUUUGUAGAGUAAGGGUACAUCUAGCAUGAAUCGGAUCUUUCAGGGAAUUUUUUACUGUUUGAAAUGAUUUAUUAAUUAGCUUUAUUUAAAAUGUUAUGGAUCACAAAAUUCCAUGCCUAUAUGCUGACGAGUUCAAAUAAACCAAAAUACUAAACUAUCAUAA